AUGACCGAACCCAACAUCCAGACACAGAAUGGCAUCUCUCAGCCUGACGGGCAGAAACCCCAGGCUGAGGUUCAGAUAGAACUCCCAGCCACCCAAGAAACUCAACCUCACCCAUCUGGUCCUCUAGUUAGCAGCAAUGGAUGGGAUGGCAAACUGCGCAUGCAACCCCGCAACGCCGUGCUGUCCAACCCGGAAAUCCUCAGUGAUCCCGACUAUUCCGACCCAGACGCCCCUCCGGUCGACCAAAUUGAGGCCGAUGAAGAUCUCCUGGAAGAUAUGGACGUUUCCACUGAAGACAUCGACCUGGUCCACAGCCGCAUCGCCUCUCUUCCCGCCCUCAAACUCGAACGCUUCACCAAAGUGCAAAGACUAUGCCUGCGCCAAAAUCAGAUCUCUUCCAUCCAAUUUCCCCCCAGCCUGGGCGAUACCGUACAAGAGCUGGAUCUCUAUGACAACCUGAUCUCCCAUAUCAAGGGUCUCGAUGACUUCAAGGUCCUGACCACCCUCGACCUGAGUUUCAACAAGAUCAAACACAUCAAGCACCUCAACCACCUCCACACGUUGAAGGAACUCUUCUUCGUGCAGAACCGCAUCUCCAAGAUCGAAAAUCUUGAAGGCCUGGACAAUCUCCUCAUGAUCGAACUGGCUGCGAACCGACUGCGAGAGCUUGAAAACCUCGAACCCCUGCGAGCCUUACAGGAACUCUGGCUAGGCAAGAACAAGAUUACCGAGAUCAAGAACCUGACACCUCUCACAAACCUCCGCCUGUUAGAUAUCAAAUCCAACCGCCUUACAGCCAUUUCCGGCCUAGGCUCCUUAACAAACCUCGAAGAACUGUAUGUAUCCCACAACGCGAUCACCGAGAUAUCCCCUACAUCCCUAUCCAACAACCACAAACUCCGAGUCUUGGAUAUUUCCAACAACUUGAUCACCCGCCUUGAGCACAUCGGACACCUGAAGCACCUUGAGGAGUUAUGGGCGUCCAGCAACAAAAUCAGUGAUUUCCGAGAGGUCGAGCGCGAGCUGGCAGACAAAGAACAUCUCGACACGGUAUAUUUUGAGAUGAACCCUCUACAGUUGGCUGGACCGGCGCUGUACAGGAAUAAGGUUAGACUGGCUUUGCCUCAGGUCAGUCAGAUUGAUGCGAGUGAGUGCUCUCCUUCCCGGAGAAUAUGA